UAUGCGAUUGUGUUAUUGGAGAUUGAAAAAUUGAUAUUAGAACUCUGACUGUUUGAGUUUUAGCCUAGACAGAAGCUGCCGAGCUUCUAAAUACAAGUUAUAACUAAACUAAAGUCAAACUGUGUCAAAAUCAAAUUCAAAGUACAUUUAUAAAUUUCGUAAGAAUACCCUGAGUAUGACUCAAAUUUGUUUGGCAUAACGUUUAAAUUUGUAAAAAAAAUUGAAUACUACAAUGGGAUUAACAGCUUUUAAACAAUUUAAGUAAGGAAUUCUGCAUGAUCAUUUGCAUGAUAGCAUGCAGAUGUCUCACGUGAGGAUAGGUGGGAGUAUCAAAGCUAGUGGCGAACAAAAAUCUGUGCUUAUAGAGGGCAGUAUAAGUUAAGAAAAGCUAUUUGAGGGAAGGAGCUCCAGUUGUUUCACUUGACAAUGGAAGAAGUAUUUGCAGAGGAAACAUACGGAACAAGUUUUCUACGUCGAAAGUUUCUGAUGAACAGUGCAAGAAGUCUUAUUGUCAUUGAGCCAAAUGAUGUUCAGUGGUCUUCUUUAAAGCACUUUUUUUGUUCUGUUUUUUUACCUCAAGGGUAUCCUAAUAGUGUUAGCCAGGAUUACUUGCAGUAUCAACUGUGGGAUAGCAUCCAGGCCUUUGCUAGCAGUAUCACAGGUACAUUGGCUACCCAAGCUGUAUUAAAAGGAGUUGGAGUGGGUGAUGAAACUGCUACCCCACUAGCAGCCACUGUAACAUGGUUACUAAAAGAUGGCACUGGUAUGUUAGGAAGGAUUCUUUUUGCUUGGGUUCAUGGGUCUGGUUUGGACUGUGAUUGCAAAAAGUGGAGGUUGUUUGCUGAUGUGUUGAAUGAUGCAGCAAUAUUCCUAGAUCUCGUAUCCCAGUAUUUUCACAAUUACUUCACAUUUAUCAUGUGUGUGUCGUCUGUAAGUAAGUCUGUUGUUGGCAUAGCAGGAGGAGCUACUAGAGCAGCAUUAACACAACAUCAAGCUCGGAGGAACAACAUGGCUGAUGUUUCUGCUAAAGAUAACAGCCAAGAGACACUAGUUAACCUCAGUGCGCUUAUCUGCAGCCUACUGAUCUUACCUGUUGUGUCAGGAAAUGAUAGCCUAAUUUGGACAUUAUUUCUACUUUUUACUACCAUCCACCUGUAUGCCAACUACUGUGCUGUUACUGCUGUUGUUAUGGAAACCUUCAACAUCACUCGUUAUCAGGUUGUUGUGUCACAUUACUUGAAAACAGGGGAGUUGUUAUCUGUACCAAAAGCUAACAGCUGCGAAAGUGUGUGGCUCCAAGCAUGGCCAGAAAAAGUCAAAAUAUUCCUUGGUUCAUCUUUGAAAGUUGCUGUAGUGAGCCCUCAAGAACUGGUUCUUUUAAAGAAAAUUUAUCAGAAUGCCUCUUAUUUGUUGACCUUGAAAGAAAGAAGAAAUGGCAAAGUUGAGAUACACAUUUUGCUGCAUCACCUGUCCAAUAAUAAAGACCAACUGGAAGCUCUCUUCCAAGCCUGUGUACUUCAGUGGCUUCUGUUGAAUGUUAACAAUGUGGUGUGCAAGAAUGUUGGUGGCAUACACAAUCUUGAAUAUCUUCAACAUGGGUUGAAACAGGGUUUAAAGAAGAAUCUAGAGCAGACCUUGAAACUUUCCAGAUAUUUUACUCAGUCACAUUUUGGAAAAUUUAUUUCUGGACUUGUGGACAUUGGGUGGAUUACCCAGAGAAUUCAGCUAGGAACUGAUGAGUGGAGAUUUGUUUGGAGCAAGUAACAAUAAGUGGAACUUCUACAGGCUUGAUGCCCCCACAUUCCUUUAGAAACACUUUUGUAAAAUAUGUGCUGUAUCAGGCAUGACAUAUCAGUAAGCACAUUAUAAAUACUGCAGCAUCUGAUCUUAUUU